AUGGAGAUUGUUCCGACUACGUACUACGACAGCUUGAAGAGGUACUGGAGGAGGAGAAGCUACCAGAGGCUGCAUGGCGAGACCAGAAAGAAGAUGAGGGUUGCGAGGCUCGGCGGAGGAGCUAAAGGGAGCACUAGUCCUAAACGGAGUUGGAAGCUCAAGACCAAGCUGGGGAUGCUGAAGUAUGUUUCCCCUAUAAAGCUUUUGGCUAAGUUGCAUAAUGGUUACGUUGACAUGACGAUUCGGAUGGCGGGCAAGGCCGGCGGCGUCGGGAGGAUUGCCGCGAAGAAGAUCGCAAAACCCCAAGAUCAGGUUUCAAUGGCUACUUGUGGCAACGAGUUAGUUGACAGCAGACUGGUUUUGGAGAUUUACAAGAGAUUGGCUGCUUCCCGCCAAUUGGCUGAGCAUGGAUUGAUAGUUGAAAGCCAAAGCAACUUCUUCAACUUGAUGGAUAUGUAG